UUGACAGCAAAUAUUUUAACAACGAAAAAAUUUUAAUAAAUUUUUUUUUAAUAAUAAAUAUUAAAAAGUUAAGUUAUUCGCAAAGUUUUUUAAGUUCGUUAAUAUUUAAUUUGUCAACUCCAAAAGCUUCAUAUUUAUUUGGAGUAAAAAAUAAAGACGACUACGGAGUGUACAAAAAAAAACAAUCACGUAAUAUCUGCGGUCGACGCGGGUGACAAAAAAAUGGAUCCUAACGUGGAAUUAAUAAUUUUAAAUGAACCACCUGCUGCUAAAUUAAAUUACAAUAACAUUUUUAAUGAGUCUGUACCAACACGAAUAAUUGAAUUGAGUGAUUAUAAAACAAAAUUAGAACUUCGACGUGAGUUUAAUUUAGACAGUUAUGAGAUUGAAAAUAGACCUUUAGAAUUUUCGUACAACAAAAUAAAUAAUAAUCCUACAAAAACAAUAUUUAAUAUGAGUAAUAAUGUCAUCUUACCAAAAUUACCUGCUGGUACGAUAAUUAUCAAACAAGACGAUAAGAAUAAAUUUUCAAAAAAUAAAAUACCAUCAAGAAAUACUGGCAAAAUUGAAUCAAUUAUUGGAAAAAUAAAAUCAAUGAAAAAAAAUGAUAAAACUAAGACUGCGCAAAUUCAGCGAACUCCAUUACGGAGCGCGAAAAAAAAAAGUGACGAUACUUUUACUCGGCUGAGACUUUUAUCGACAAAACGUAGUGGCCGCCAUAAUGAUGGGGGAGUCAAUAAGAAACAAUUAAAACGCACUGAUAUACCUUACAUGAAUACCAGAUCAAUAACUAAAAAGUUAUAUAAUAUUGGAGCGACUUUUCAAGCGCCAACGGUUUAUGAUGAAAUGGAGUGGAAAGAAUGGCCAGUGCAUGGAAUGCACGAUAGACCAAUUUAUCAUCCUCAAAUAGGACUGGGGACAGAAUUUAUUGGCCGUUGUUUUGUUAACGUAGACAAUAGAUGCUAUAAACAAGUUUUACAUUCAUCGAAAAUUGGGUUGAACGUAAUGAAUAAUGAGAACACUCGACACAAUAAACGAAGAACUUAUUCAUAUGAGAAAAAAAAUAAAAUUAAAGAAGAUAAAACAUUUGCUGACUAUAUGCAUGACAGUUUGCAUUACGUGUUGGCUUACUGCGCUCAAAUUAUGACACCACAAUACAGAAAAUUAAUUACUGAACAUGUAGAAAUUAAAAAAUCUGAGAGUAUGGAAAAAAUAAUUAACAAAACUGACAAUCCAACGAAUGUUAAAAUAUCACUUGAUAAUUUAAAAGGAAAUUCGUUUUAUUUACAAGAAAUAAAUUCAAGUUCUGGAGAAACUUCAAAAGUAUCAUCAAAUAAAUUGUUGAUUAAUUUUAAAAAUAUUAAAAAUCAUGAAAAACUUCAACAAGCUUUAGAGAGUGGGUCUAAAAAUACUUUUAUAUUAUUGAAAACUACAAUUCCUUCAUCAAAAAAAGACAUCAAUAAUUGCAGAGUAGUUAAGCCUGAUACUUUAACUAACGCAGUAGCAAAAAUUGAACAUUACCCAAAAAAUGACGGAUAUGACACUUAUUUAAAUUUAAAUCAAGUUAAAUGCUGUGCUUUGCAAUCACAUAAAAAAUACCGAGAUCCGAAUCCCACAGAAGCCAAAUUAGUGAACGAUGAAUUACUAAACGGAAACUGGAUUAAUGAAUUAAUUCAAAACACUGCAAUGAUUUACUGUUUUGCUACGGGUGUGCAUCAAGAUGAUGUAAUAAAUUACAUAAAUACUCUGGAUGCCAAUCAAUCAAUCAAUUGGCUCAUGUCCCAAUUAUAAGUUUAUCAGAGUAAUUAGGAUUUAUUUUAAUUAUGAUUUUGUUUAUUAAAAUACUCAUCAGUUGACGAACAAUGCAGUUCAUCUGAGUGACUGAUCUCUUAAGUUACCUAAUAAUUUAUAGAUGACAAAUUAUUUUCACACACAUAAUUACUAUACAGGCGGAUUAGAAUCAAAAUAUAUCCAGGGGGUACUUCAACGAACGUCACAACACUUUUUAAAUAUGUCCAAUGGCUUAACUAUCAUAACUGUAUUUACGUUUUAUUGAUUAGUUUAAAAAUAAUAUGAAGUAUAAGUUGAAAAAAAGAAACGUUAUGUGACAACAAAUUUUGUCAGGAUAAAGAUAUGUAGAAAAUUACUUACAGUUCUUGUUAUAUCACCGGUUUAACAAAAUUUUUAAAAUAAAUUUCAGAAAAAUCUUUAUGUCAAGAUGAUAAUUUUUAAUUUUAAAUUCUUAAGAUUAAAAUAUUUUAAAGAAAUUUUGUUAAACAGGUGAUUUAAAACAACUGUAAGUAAUUUUUUUAUGUACCUGAAGAUCGGAAAGAUUUUCGGACAACGAAAAAAAAAAAACUAGAAAGUAAAAAAUCUAGUGGAUGACUAGAUUUCUGAAAUAUUUCGCAUACAGAUGCUGGUAUGCCGGUAUAUAUAUAGAAUUGCAGCCACCCCCAACUACCCUUCAAGUCACUUUAAGCAGUCGAAUAACAUAAAUUUUUUUCAUUUUCGUUGCGUGAAAAACGUUCCGAUCUUCACGUAAAUACUUUUUUUCGAGUAUAGAUAUAGAUCCUGGUGAAAAUACAACUUCGUUGUUUUUUUUUUAACUAAUGAUUAAUAUCUCUUGUAAUUAAUUUAUAAAAUUUAAAUACGGUUAUGACAGUUGAAAGUUAUUGGGUACAUUUAUAAAGUACGGGAGAAGGGGGAGGGUACGUCUAAGGUCGCCUUCAAUAGUAAAAAAAAUCUAAACAUAUUAUUAAGGGGGGUCGAAGUUACUCAGAUUGACUAUACUUGGAAUUAAAAGUUGAAUUUUUUCUUAAUUAAGAAUUCUUUAUACCCGUGAAAAAAAUGGAGUAGGUCUACAUAUAUUUACGUAGAUUUAAUUUAUUCUGUUUCCGAGAUCUACGUAGAUCUAUCCAGGUCUACGUAGACACACUUUUUUAUGCAUUAUUAGAUCUACAUAGAUCUAUGUAGACGUACGUAGAUUUAAUGAAACUGCUGUAGGAAAGUAUGCGUCGAUCUACAUACAUCUGUGUAGGUCGAGGUAGAUCUACGUAACUAUAUAGAUGUAUGUAGAUCUACAUAGAUCUACAUAGAUCCAAUGAUGCAUAAAAAAAGUAUGUCUACGUGGACAUGUGAAUAUCUACGUCGAUAUACAUAGACCUAUAUAAAUCUACUGGCGUCUGUAUAAAAAUGCUUAGAUCUCCAAAAUAGAACAAAUUAGAUCUCUGUAGAUCUAAUACAUUUUUUCACGGAUACGUAUUUUAAAUGUUAAUUAAUUCUUUGUAGUAUAUAGCGAGUAGAAUUUAUAGUAAUUGUCAUUAUAUUUUUGUCAUAAAAUAUAUAAUAUAUUGUACGUUCACUUGAUUAAAUUUUUGAAUCAGUAAGUAUACAAUAAUAAAAUAUAAUUUUUUGAUGAUUAAUUAUUUU